AUUACAACCCAAGCAACGCCGGAGCUAUGGGACCAGAUGAGAGAAUUGGUGCGGACACUACCGUGGACAACACAGGAUGAAGCUAUGUGGCAGCUGAUUCCUGAAUUGAAAAACAUCUACCCCGUCUUUGCUGUUAGAAAAUCCGAUGGCUAUUUGCUUGGAGGAGUGGCUGUAGUAGUGACAGAUAUUGUAUUCGGCCCCUUCUACGUGAUACGCCCCGAUAUUCGAGCACAUGGGCUUGGAAUGAAAAUGAUGGGUCCACUGUUAGGAGUGAUGGCUGAACCCGUCAAAACGAAAGCUAUAAUUGGAAGAGCAGGUUGGUGA